AUGAACCUGAUGACCAGUAGGGAUGCACCGAAGAGGGACGUGCUUGACACACGGCUGAAAGAUGACAAGGACCUCAGGGAAAUCUAUGACUAUGGAAUCAAAUUGGGUCAAGGUAGCUUUGGAGAUGUUUAUGAAGCCACCCAUAUUAAGACGCAAACUAAAUGGGCUAUUAAGGAGGUUCGCAGACCAGCGGCAGGAAGUUCGAGAGUUGUGAUGGUGGAUAACGAAAUAGACAUUCUCAAACGAGUGAAUCACGCUCACAUAAUUCACCUCGAGGCAGUCUACCGCACGCCUACAAAGCUUUACUUGGUGACUGAGCUGUGCAAAGGAGGUGACCUGAGGCAGCUGUUGCAGAAAAAAAACUUCUUCACAGAGGAUGAGACAAGAAAUAUAAUCUGUAGUUUAGCCGACGCCGUUGUCUACCUUCAUAAAAGAGUUAUAGCGCAUCGGGACUUGAAACUUGAGAAUAUUCUCGUGAAAAAUUCUCUCAAACAGGACGGCGACAGCAUCAAUAUCAAGGUGACAGACUUUGGAUUAUCGGUGAAGACAGGUGGUGUAGGGAUUGACAACAUGAUGACGGAGGCCUGUGGGACUCUCAGCUAUAUGGCACCUGAAAUGAUGAGCGACCGCGGUUAUAGCCACUUGUGCGACGUGUGGAGCAUAGGAGUCGUUAUGUAUAUGUUGCUGUGCGGGGAACCUCCGUUUGCUUCCAAAACAAAGGCACUCCUGCUUCAGGAGAUUAUGAACAACGGAGUCAGAUUUACUCAACCCAUCUGGGACACAGUCAGCGAUGCAGCAAAACAUCUAUUGACUUGCCUCCUGAAAGUUGAGCCCGCCUUCCGCAUGACCGCUAAUCAGCUCCGAGAAAGCCCCUGGAUUACAGGCGACACUAAUGCGCCUGCUGCGCCGUCCAACAUGCUCGAGAUGAUGCAGAACUACAUGGAACAGGAAGAGAGUAAUACUGACUAUUUAAAUCCUCCAUGUCAUGAUUUGAUCUUUUCAAUCAAAAUAAGAGCACAGCCCCUGGAGGUGGAACCACUCCCAAUCCCCCCGCCGGCGUCACCGGAAACAAACAGCAACUGCAGCUGCAAUGCUAAGCUCAGGCCUGAGAGAAGCAGCAGCUCCCGCGCAUCCUCGGCAUCAACCAAACUGCAUCAUGGAAUAAAGGCGAACAAGAGUGGCGGCGGCCUUCAGAAGGACAAGCGCAUCAGCAGCUCUGACACCCAGAGACAGCCAGCCGCCACACAGCCGAGUGUAAAGCAACGCAGGCCUCAGGGCAAGAAGGCCCUCAGUGCAGGACAGAAACCACCCUCCAACCCACGUAAGGCAGAUAGCCAGAGACCUUCUACCUCUAGUAAAGUAGGACUGGCCCCUGCAAACCACCAGAACCCGCUCUAAGACCA